UUUAACCACGCCCAAAUAAUCUCCAUUUUAAUAGUCCUGAGUCCUCCACAUGGAAGAGGUUGAUCAAGAGCCUGACAGUACUAGCGUUUCUUCUACCACGAACAGGUGGCAGUUUCUAUCAGAAGGAGUGUUUAGUCAGCAUGUGCCCAGUCCAGCAGUCGCUAGACCAGUAGGAGCUCUGAGAUCCACUGUAUUGCAAAGGAGAACCAGAACUGAUGAUGCACCGGAAAGAAUUAAUACCUCUUUGAGGACGUUAGACUCUGUAUUGGGCGGAGCUUCACCUGUGACCACACCCCUAGCCUCUAGGAGCCACCUGCCAACACUAGAGACUUCUGUGAGGUCACCAAACGUAACACUGAGUCUGAUGAAUGAAUCAGGUGUGUUAAGACGUAUGGAACUAUCAGCAACACCAAUCACACCACGUCCUAGGACCAAUGAUACUAAUAAUACCGGACUGUUUUCACAGAUUGAGGAUCAGUCAAGUUUCCAGCUGUCAUUAGAUCAGUCUCUUUCCUCUCCUCCUCUUAAACUAAAUGAGAAGACCUACCCCAACCACCCAAUGCUUCAAGUUGGUUUGGAACUAAUGGCUACAUUCCACAACCACCUUCAAGAGAAGAACAGUCCAGCACAAUUACUGGAGCUAUUGGAGGGAAUGGAACAAACUUGUGCUUUCCAAAUUGAUCACUUGAAAUCCCUUGAAAACCCAACCAAUGUUAAGGAUGUACUCCGUGAGUUGCAGCUGGAACGGGACACUUGGCAGCUAAUGAGAGGGCUCUACUCCGACCGCCUCUCCUCCUCUGAAGAAGAAGAAGAAGAUAUGAUAGAGAGAGAGCUUCUUCCAAGGACUGACAAGUCAAUCAUUGAAGACUUUUAUUCGUCUGACAAGUUCAUACGACAGGCUCAGAUUGUAGUUGAUUGGUUGGAGGAUAUUGCUAGUCGCCAACUCAGCAAUUUCCCAGCAAAAGUGAAAUACUAUACUGACUCAGUGAGCUGGGAGAGCACGUUACAUGAUGUUCAACACAAUCUUAACACGGAGCACAUUGUAACUGAGCUGGAUCCUGAUGGUCCCUCAAGACAGAAGAGGCAUCUCUCUGACUUGGAUGAGAAAGAUGAAGCUUCACUUGCUAAGCACCUGUUUGAGUGUGUUAGGGCAGGAGACAUUAACAAGGCUCAAGAAUUGUGUCUUCAUUGCGGUCAGUCAUGGAAGUCAGCUACUCUUGACGGCUGGAAACUCUAUCAUGACCCCAACCUGUUGAAAGGUAUAGACAGUGAGUUGGAGGAGGUUGAAGGUAAUCUUGGUCGUACCUUAUGGAAGAGCUCCUGCUGGGAACUUGUUAAAAGUUCGUCAUAUUGCGAUCAUGAAAAAGCUCUUUAUGCUGCUCUUAGCGGUAACAUAUCUCACCUCCUCCCAGUCUGUCAGAACUGGUAUGAUUAUGUGUGGGCGUAUUUUAAGGUCAUGGUAGACGUUCGUGUUGAACAAAAGUUACUAGUAUCCAACAGAUAUCCGUCUGAUGACACUGUUAUCAUUGAAAUGCCUCAAGAUUAUUGGAAGACCAUACUUGUACCGGAAUUGAUAUUCCAAGAGAUUGAGGCCACACCCUCUCAUAAGAUUCGUAGACAGUGUACCAGCUGCUAUCAUAAAGCACAGAAACACAUCAUACUGGGAUCCCUUGACGGGCUGGUUGAUGAUAUGCACGAAUGGCUGAAGAACACUUCACAAACUCAUUCUCACUUACUGAGAUUCAUGGCUCAUUUGGUGUUGUUUGUGAAAGCAGUUCAUUCCUCAUAUCACGAAAGCAAGUGUAAUGAUAUACUGGAGGCUUUUAUUAAAACCCUCGUAUCUCAUCACCUCACGGACCUUGUGGCCCUUUACUGCUCCUACCUACCACCUGAUCGUCAGGUAACUGCUUACUCCUCUCUACUUGAAAGUACUACUGAGCCGUUGCAACAGAAGAAGUGUCUUGAAUUAGCUAGGGAGUGUGGUUUAGAUGUUGCCUCCAUCACAAAACAAGUCGUUACAACAACACAACUCCUUCAAGAGGAUGUGGUACCUUUCCCAAUGGAUCUUGCUCAUGACCCUGGAAUCAGUGAAAGUGAUCGUAAGAAGAUUGAUGUCUUGGACUGGUUGUUUUAUGAAGAGGUUCAUCGAGAUGAAGCUUUACGUCAGUCCAACGCUCUCAUCAGAGAGUUCUUGGCUGUCAAUAAGUACAGAGGAGCUGAUGAAGUGUUCCAGAAGAUUCCGUCAGACACAGUGACUGUCAUCACUCGUAACUGGAGCGCUAAGAAUGGAUCCAGCCCUCUCUCUCACAGACUAAUGAGUGACAUUCAUGAGUAUGUCAGUAUUGAAGCUUAUCUUAAAGCAAUUAAAUUUUUUAAUUUGUGGUUUGAGCACUUUCAUCUCUCAAGACCUGUGAGUCCUUCUAAUGGAGGGACUGGUGGGUUUAUGGAGCAGGUCGCAUUUGAUAGACAAUCUGAAAAACAUCAAAUAGAGUUAGAGCAAUGGACCAUGAAGCUCACAUCACUUGUGUCUGAAGUCAAAUCUCAAGUUUACAAUGUACUAAUGUUUGUCAAGGGAGGAUGGAUGAGCAAUGUCACCUCUGCUGAUGAUGCUGAUCCUGAUGAAUCUAAUCGUGUCCAGCAGAUGAAAAGAUUAAGAGAGAUUUGUAUACCAAGACUUUGUUUCCUGUUGCAUUCAGUUCUUCAUUCAUCGCAGAACUAUAAAGACUGUUUUGAGCUGGCCAGUGUGAUAGCCUCAGAGUCUCAUGGACUACACGAAGUCUUUCGUCCUCAAGAGUUGAAGCAGUUCCUUAAACUGAUGUAUUCUUCCUCUGUGGAAUCAAGUGACACUGUUUUAGGAUCAUAUGCAACCAAUCUUUGACUUAAUUGUAACAAUCCAUGACUUCAUUUUUCUUUCAAAACCUCACCCUCUCUCUCUCUCUCUCUCAGCUUGUGGUUAUUUACUUCUGCCUGUUGACUGGAUGAAGCAUAAUUAUUAUGGCAGCAAUUACUGUUAUUAUUAAUAAUAAUAAUACUUUAAAA